GCUAGACCAGUGGUGGAUUUAACCGACGGACUGAAUCGGUAUCGAACCAAACGUGGUUGGUGCAGCGAAUUUGAAUCCAAGCCACUGCAAGGCCGAAAUGAGCGGUCACCUCAGAAGAAUGGGGAUACUUUGACUCGGUUCCGCCUGGCCGAACAAAUGUCCACCUUACUGCCCAGUGUAUUU